AUGAAAGCCCAUUCUACAUCAUCGCAGCCCGCAGAUCUUAAAAGUUAACCCCUUUCAAGGUUUCAUCGCUUUUUAGGGUUUUCUCUUGCUCAAGUUCCGUUUCCGUCGUUCUGCAAUUUUUUUUGUGAGCUGGACGCUAAGUUUUAUCGCCAUGCCGCAGGGAGAUUACAUUGAGCUUCACAGGAAGCGACAUGGAUAUCGUCUCGAUCACUUCGAGCGCAAGCGCAAGAAGGAGGCUCGUGAAGUUCACAAGCGCUCCGCGAUGGCACAGAAGGCACUGGGUAUCAAGGGGAAGAUGAUUGCUAAGAAAAACUACGCUGAGAAGGCCCUCAUCAAGAAAACAUUGGCUAUGCACGAGGAAUCAACGUCUAGACGGAAGGUGGAAGAUGAUGUUCACGAGGGAGCCGUUCCAGCCUAUCUGCUUGAUCGUGAGAACACAACACGUGCUAAGGUUCUUAGCAAUACUGUGAAACAAAAGAGGAAGGAGAAAGCUGGGAAAUGGGAGGUCCCUCUGCCCAAGGUAAGGCCUGUGGCAGAAGAUGAAAUGUUUAAAGUGAUCAGAACUGGCAAACGCAAAACAAAAGAAUGGAAGAGGAUGGUCACGAAGGCCACAUUUGUUGGUCCAGGUUUCACAAGGAAGCCUCCCAAAUAUGAGCGAUUCAUCCGUCCUUCAGGGUUGCGAUUUACUAAAGCCCAUGUGACACACCCUGAAUUGAAAUGCACCUUCAAUCUUGAGAUCAUUGGAGUGAAGAAGAAUCCCAAUGGUCCAAUGUAUACAUCUCUUGGUGUUAUGACCAAAGGAACCAUUAUUGAGGUGAAUGUCAGCGAACUGGGUCUUGUCACCCCCGCAGGGAAAGUUGUGUGGGGGAAGUAUGCUCAAGUGACAAAUAACCCCGAAAAUGAUGGUUGCAUAAAUGCAGUUCUGCUUGUGUAAGAGGAUUACUGUAGCAGAAGAAAAAAAAUGAUACGUGCUGGCUAUCGACAUAGAGUUUUAACCGUACGUGAGAUAUAUCUGAAGACUGUCGUGGCCUGUUCAAUGCAAAAGCCAUUUUGGUUUUUGAUGUGUAGUUUUAUAGUUUCUCAAUUCUCCUGGAUCAAGUACAGACGACGUUUGUAACUCGGAUGCCUUGUGUCCAUAAAUUUUGUUGGAUAACCACACUGAAGUUGUCUUGACUGGUAAGAGAGAAAUGUUUGUGACAUGGGCUUUAUUUA